GAAAUUUGGGACAGUUUUGAAUUUUCUUGGAUAUUAAAGAAUAGGAGAGUUGAGUUGUUGAGUUCUAGUCUCUUACACGCCUCUCCCAUUUUUAUACUAGUAGAACCAUGGAAAUUCGGGAUGUAGACAGUAGGCCCCUCCUCCCAAAAAAAAAAAAAAAAAAAAAAAAAAAAAAAAAAAAAAAAAAGGAACAAGUGGGAAGGAGUGAUAGGAAGCAGUAGAUCUUCAUCUUAGUGUUGUGGAUUGAAAAAAGCAGAAUGUUUUCAACAUCCAUAGUAGCACCUUCAAAUCGAAGCUCGAUUUCAGGACCCCAGCUUAGUUUGUUGAUGAGGGCAGCAUCAACUUCAAAUCCAAAUUCCAAGUUUGAUUGUUAUUUGAGCAACAAAGUUGGUUUCAAUUCUUUAAAAUCAAAAGCAGCCACUCGACUCCUGUUCAAAAUCCCAAAUGGAUUUGUCUCCAAACGCCCUUUCCGUUUCCGACCUGUCGUGGAAUUGCAAGAUUGCACGGUGAAGAAGGAAGUUGAUGUGCCUGUAUCUGUUGCGUAUAACUGCUACUCUAAUCGUGAAGACAUUCCUAAGUGGAUGCCUUUCAUUUCAUCUGUUAAGGUGGUGGAAGAUAAGCCUGACCAAUCAAGAUGGACGCUGAGAUAUAAAGCAUUUGGUCGUGAUAUUGAAUUCUCUUGGCUUGCUCGAAAUCUGCAACCCAUUCCAAAUCAAAAAAUUCAUUGGAGAUCUCUUGAAGGCCUUCCGAACAGUGGUGCUGUUCGAUUUUACCCAAGAGGGCCUUCAUCCUGUCUUAUAGAAGUAAGGACCCCUUGGCCCUUGCUCACUGUGUCUUACGAAGUUCCUCAGCUUCUGUCACCUGUAGCAUCAGCACUUCAACCUUUUCUUGAAAGCCUGCUUCUACGAGGUUUGGAAAGGUUUACAAACUUCGCCAAAAACAGUCAACUAGAGUCCACCAACUGAUCCUGUCCACCUCACAUUUUCAAGUCCAAAAUCAAAAAUCAGAACCCUGGCUUGUAAAUGUGUAAUUGAUUAUAAAACCAAGAGAUUCUUCAGGAAUUGUAACCAACAACAACCAAAACCCUGGUGUACAUGUGUAAUUGGUAAUUGAACCUUUGGUUGAUAGACUUGAUAUACCUAUAUAAUAAAACACCUGUUUGGUAUGCGCUUUUAUUUUAGUGCAUCUGAAUGGAUGGAAUUGUGUAAUCUGUUUGUAUGUACUCCGUAUAACUUGAAACGCAAAACCUAUGCCUGCAUGAUUUUGUCCACAUUAUUCUA